AUUAAUAACAAGAUAUAAUGAGUUAUUAUAUCUACUUUAGACUAAUUCUAAGUUCUCAUACUUUUAUUUACUUGUAAACGCGAAAGAUCGCAGUCAUUAGCUCAUAUUAAAUAGUAUGCAAUUGAUAAUGCCAUCUGGUUUUACUGGCGAUGUGCAGUUACCAAUUACAUACUUAAAUAAUAUAGAGGGUCCAGGUCUCACCACGUGGAGGUUACUGCAUUCAGAGACUCAAAAAAAUUUGAUGGCCAAGACAAAAACCACAUACAAAAAAAAUUGAUACCAAAACUUAACCCGACGAUGAUUUCUGAAACAUACAGUAUACACCUUAUAGCAGUGUUUUUAUUGUCAAAUAGUCUAUUCGCAAUUUGGUUCAGUCACCUGCAACAGAAGAAACGUAUAUUAUACAUAAAUAAAACAAACCGAUACCGACGCUGAAAUUUUCAUAGCAGCGUUGGUGGUAAUCACCGAUACGCUAGAUAUGUGUAUGAUGCCACUAGCGCCGCGCGGAUUUGUCUCCAACUAAAAACGUGACUCCUGGUUGCACCAUAAAAUUGCAAUCAAAACAUAACCAAAGCACUUUACAGUAUAAGAAAUUGGUAAUUUUAUUUAAAUAAAGCCGUCCUUCAUAUUUCAUACACUUGCACGAAUGAUUAUGUCCUCCUUGAAAUUAUGCAACAUUUAUUUGAAGUAUCUUUGUCUAUCAUCGAAACUAAAUAAGUUAUUUGAUUGAUCAGACUUGAAUGCUUCAUACUACAUUAAUUAAAUGUCAUAAUGAAACAAAGAUUACUAUUAACGACUUCGUGGUAUAAAUUUCAUAAGCGAUAUGCCCAAACAAGUUCCAAAAUUGUAAAAGGAAAACAUGAAGAUCACGAAACUGCGAAAAUUCGAAAUAUCGGAAUUUUGGCCCACAUCGAUGCGGGUAAAACCACUACUACAGAAAGAAUGUUAUUUUAUUCUGGUGUCAUUAGACAUAUGGGAGAGGUUCAUCAUGGAAAUACAGUAACAGAUUAUAUGCAGCAAGAACGUGAACGUGGUAUUACGAUUACCUCUGCAGCGGCAACGUUUGAAUGGAAGAAUCAUCGUAUUAAUUUAAUAGAUACUCCAGGACAUAUAGAUUUCACCAUGGAGGUAGAGCAAACGUUGAGGGUAUUAGACGGUGCUGUAGUUAUACUUGAUGGUUCUGCAGGUGUUGAAGCUCAGACAUUGACAGUUUGUAGACAGGCUGACAAAUACAAUAUACCCAGGAUUAUUUAUGUGAAUAAAAUGGAUAGAUUAGAUGCUAAUUUUGACAUGAGUGUACAAUCUAUCGAAAGCAAAUUAAAUGUAGAGGCCCUACCUACUCAAUUUCCAAUCAAACAAAAAGGAAUUCUGGAAGGUAUCGUGAACGUAAUUACUAUGGAAAAAUUGAUUUUCGAUAGUAAAGAUAUGGGCAUGAAAUAUAAAAGACUAAAAUUGUCCGAAAACGAGGAUAAAGGUUUAUGGGAAAUGGCGCUUGAAAAGCGUAGAAAUUUAACUGAUAAACUGUCUAAUAUGGAUGACAACCUAGCUAAUAUUAUCAUUGAACAAGAAUCUUUGGAUUCGAUUACCGCGCAAACGUUACUCAACUCUUUGUAUAGAUGUACUGUAAAUAGAAAAGGUGUUCCAGUACUCCUAGGUAGUUCUUAUAAAAAUAUAGGAGUGCAACCUUUAAUGGACAGCAUUCUGCUAUACCUACCAGCACCUGAUCAAAAUAAAUAUAUGAAGUAUUACGAUUCUUUUGGUAAACAUUUAUCUGCCAGAGCAUUUAAGGUCGUCCAUGACAACCAAAAAGGAGCGAUCACUUUCUUUAGAAUAUAUACUGGCAGUAUAAAAAAGGGUACAAAAGUGUACAAUGUCCAAAGGGAAAUAUCAGAACAGGUCGGUAAAUUAUAUGUUGCCUGUGCAGAUGACUAUCAAGAUGUAUCCGAAAUUAGUCACGGAAAUAUUGCAGCAGUUACAGGGUUGAAAUAUACAACAACCGGUGAUUUAAUAACAUCGGGUGCAACGGUGUCCAGUCGUGCGAAAAAGACCCUAGAAGCACAGAAAGAAAUUGAUUCAAAAGAUGUAGAAAAUUUCUUUGCUCUAAAUUCAAAGAUAUUAGAACCAGUCUUUUUCUGUUCGAUAGAAGCACCAUCUCCUUCCACUCAGGUAGCUUUGGAAACUGCUCUCAAACAACUAGAGAGAGAAGAUCCAAGCUUGAAAGUAAUUCAAGACGAGGAAAUUGGCCAAACUGUACUUGCAGGCAUGGGAGAAUUACACAUAGAAAUUAUCAAAGAAAGGAUCAGAUCGGAAUUCAAAAUCGAUGCCGAAUUAGGUUCCUUGCAAAUCGCUUACAAAGAAGCUAUAUUGAAUCCUGCCAAAGAUACUUUUACUUCGAAGUUUAGUAUUGGAAAAAGAAAUUGCACAGUCACCAUGACUGUAUCAUUAAUUCCAAACCAUCAGGGAAGCGAGACAUUAUUACUGGAUAAGACGCCAGACUGUAUCGCAAACAUCGAUGCCAUAAACACCAACAUGAUGAAGGCAAUCAAGGCUGGGGUCGAAUCAGUUCUUCGGAAUGGACCGAAACUCGGUUAUCCGAUCGUAGACAUGGCAGUGAAGUUACAUUGGCUGGAAUAUGGACCCGGUACAGUACCGACGAUAGUUACCGCCGCUAUUUCGCAAAGCAUCCGAAAGCUGAUGGAGACUAGCUCAUCGGUACUAUUAGAGCCAAUCAUGCUGCUAGAGAUCGAGGUAGAGGAAGAAUAUUCGAGCGCCGUUAUGGCAGACCUUCCAAAAAGGCGGGCCGAGAUACAAGACAUCGAUACUCGUAGGGGGAACAAGGUGAUCAGGUGCUUGGUUCCAUUGGCUGAAUUACUGGGAUACUCGACAGAGCUGAGGAUACUUUCUUCAGGCCGUGCCACGUUUUCGUUAGAAUUCGAUCACUAUGAAAAAAUGGAUCCUACGACCGAGGCAGAAGCUGUUAAGAGGGUUACGGGUUUUUAUUAGAAAUUCGUUAAAGCUGGUGUGCUAAAUGAAUGAUCGCAUCAUAUGCAAUAUAGUAGAAGGAAAGUAUGAAUGUUUUCUUUUAAACAAAUAACACGUCAUCGUUGUUUUUCUGAAAUCUUUUGUAUUAAGAAAUCAGCAGUUCAACUUUACAAAGAUGAAAAUCGAUCACUCUAACGUAAAAAGUUACUUGUACAUUUGAAUAUACUUCCGAAGAACGCUGCAUUUAUAUGUCACCAUAAUAAUGGCAGCGACUGCUUACAGCUAUAGACCAAGUAACAAUUUAUUCGACGGAAACACCGUUAUUAUUCUCAACAAAUUACAUAUGUUCGGUUUCUCGUAUUCGUUUGAUCUAAUCAAAAUAUAUUGCAGCAUCAUCGAUGGUGCGUUACAAUUUUUUUUAAACGAUCAUCGAUGGCGGGCAACGAUCGCGGGGCUAGCCUGAAAUCGAGCAGGCUCGUAGCAACGUAAUCGACGAGCCGUUAACCCUUCGAGGUUUAAAAAAGAAAGUCUUGUAUCGAAACAUUGCCCAGCCUCGCAAUCGGCAGCCGCGUAUAAAUAUAUUAAUAUUGCUUAAGAUCAUGCAAAAAUGUCAUACAUAGUAAAAUAUAUGCACGUGUAUAUAUUAUAUGUAUGGAGGGAUUAAAUGUUAUAGGAUGAGACUUGCAAACACGUCAGUUGCACAUAAAUCUGUUUCGUAUUGCAUAAACUCGACUUGGACGAAUCGAAAGGUAAACGAAUGCACGGUAAGGCAUCCGCCUAAGUCUCCAAUAAAAUAUAUAUGUGUAUAUACGUAUAUAUAUAUAUAUAUAUAUAUAUAUAUAUAUAUAUAUAUAUAUAUAUAUGUAUAUAUAUAUAUAUAUCAUUUUUAUCAUCGUUUAAGCCGCUACAAUGGUUACCUUUGAAUUGUCCUACGCAACGAUCAGAUAGUUAAAGACGCAAUUCAAAGACGACACGACGUUCUUAAUCUACAAAGAGGUUUUUGAGCGCUGGAAACUAUUGCCUUAAAAACAUCCUACGCGAUUCUCGCCCCGAUGUAUACACAAUAAUUAAAUCGUAUAAAAUUGAUUUCCUCUUAAGCUUGAUUUCUCAAAGAGGAAAAAGGAAAAAGUGACAAUCUUGUCUCGUAUGUUUCGUUAUUAUACUCUAAUUUGCAUAAACAGUUACGAGUUAAAUACAAUUACAUAUCACUUGCGCGCGCAGA